CUAAAGUAGAAGAAGGGCAGGACAAAGUCAUGCGCCCUGCUGAGGUUGGAGUAGUUUAGUAUUAAUUGUUUUGUAUCAAUGUUCUGUUAUAGGAACACGCUUAUAUAUUUAUUCAGUGCGGUAGUCUAAUAAUCACUGCUUUUUACUGGCUUCCCGGCAAGAAUAAUGAUGGCUUACACUCACAUUUUGAAAGUCCUGCACAGGAAUCUGAGACAAACCGCGACCCAACUCCGUGUUCACCAAUGCUACGUAGUCCACAUGCCCAGGACAGUGUCCACAACACCAGGAUUGGCCCUUCUCGGGACAAAGGUUUCUUCACUGAGCUGUCUCACUGAAACUCGGAGACACCAGGCUCUGUCUGUCCAUUGUACAGCCGAAAACAGAAGCAGCCCCGAGGAAAGGGGCAAGUCGGUGUCCAGGUAUCAGAGUGGGACCCCUAAACCUUCAGCUACUCAGAAAGUUAAAGAGGCUGGUAGAGAUUUCAGCUACUUGAUAGUAGUUCUCAUCGGGCUGGGAGUGACAGGUGGGCUGCUCUAUGUGGUGUUUCAGGAGCUGUUUUCCUCCUCAAGCCCAAAUAAAGUCUACAGCAGAGCCUUUGACCAAGUUAGAUCCCACACAGAGGUAAUCGGUGCGUUUGGCGAGCCAAUCAAGUGCUAUGGUGAGACUACGCGUCGAGGAAGAAGGCAGCAGGUCAGUCAUGUGGAGUACCUGAAGGAUGGACUGAAACAUAUGCGACUAAAAUUUUACAUUGAAGGCUCAGAGCCAGGCCUGAAAGGAACUGUGCAUUCAGAGUCAAAGGAGAACCCUGAAACUGGAAAAUAUGAAUUUCGUUAUAUAUUUGUGGACAUAGACUCCUACCCUAGAAGGACCAUUAUUGUGGAAGACAACAGAUGAAAAAGAUUUCUACAACUUCACAGCAUUUAAAAUCAGGGAAAGGGUGUCUAUCUAAAAUGGAGAUGUUUGUGUCAAUAGAUUAAAACCUUGCUCAUUAAUUUUUGCAACAGUUGUGGUUGAUUAAAAGUCAUUUUUGUCAAAACAGUCAAAGUCAAAUGUCUUUAUAAAUAGGAUUUGUAUUGGGAUAAAAUUGUGAAUUUUAAUUUUAAUAAGACCUGAUGUUUUA